CGUCACACGUUCAUUCGAUGCUCGACGCGCCUCUGUUUCGGCUUUUGUGUGUGUUGUUCCCGCGAAAGGGAAGUGGACGAAAGAUCAGUGAUCAAAGAUGAAAUCGAAAAAGCGACCGAGGGAGAAUACUCCCGUCCUGGACGCUCAGACUGAAGCAGUCGAUCGGGAACAGUUCUUGAAGGCAUUUGAAAAGCCAACUCAGAUUUAUCGCUAUUUAAGAACAAGGCAUCAGAUUUCACCUAUUAUGCUUCACAGAACAUUAACUUACAUGAAACAAAGAAGAUCUGUGAGCAAUUCUGAAAGGAAAAGCUUUGAUGUGAAUUCAAUGCUCAAGACAGUCACAGAGCAAGAGAAGCAAAAGUCUUCAUCAAAAGCAGAGAAAUCAAAAUCCCUAAAUUUGAAAAUUACUGGAUACAUUUGUGAAAAUGAGAGUAAUGACAGGGUUGAUGUGGAUGUGUUCCUUCUACAAGUAUGUUCCAAGCGGCGAGGGGGAUCAAUGACCUCUGUGUCAAAGACCUUGCUGAAGACUGUCAGCAUUCCAGUGAACCCCACGCGGGAGGGCAUUAAUGAGCCCCUGGUCAUUAGUCACGAGUGCUUCAAUAACGGUCACAUUUUACCAAUCAAACCUCUCAUUCUAUGUCUCUGUGUAAACACGUCUCCAAUCAAUGGCGGGGCGGCUAAUGGGCAGUGCAAUGGCAGAACCUCAUCUGAUGAUGAACAACCAAGUAAAAAGAAGAGAAAUGGUCAGUAUGUACCAGAUGAUAUAGAGAGGCCUAUUUUUAGCACAGAAGUUGUGAUAUUGGACAGGAACAAGAAAUGUCACCUAUCAAGUGGAGACUAUGAGUUUGUUCUCCAUGAACAAGGAGCCGACUUUAAAAACGCUUCCUGGGAGACAGUCAUGAAUGGCAAGCAUGUCCAAGCCUUUGAGGUUUUUAACUUUCAUCCCACUCUGAAGUGUUCAAUAGACUGGACUGUCAAUGGCAAGGUGGACGGUUCAACCAACUCAGGGGUCACCGAUAAUCAUACCCAGUAUCUCACAGAAAAGCAUCUCAUGCAAGUUCCCCUCAGCUCAGGGACCAUCUCAAAAGAGGAGGAACAAUCUACUCCCAAGAAAAGGCAGCGUGUAUUUUAUCAGUUUCUCUACAACAACAGUACCAGACAUCAAAAUGAGGCCAGGGAUGACCUUCAUUGUCCUUGGUGUGCUAUCAACUGUGUCCAUUUGUACGGCCUACUCAAGCAUCUCAGACUAUGUCAUGCUCGAUUUAAUUUUAUUUAUGUGCCACAUCCCAAAGGUGUAAGGAUUGACGUCACCAUCAAUGAACGUUAUGAUGGAUCCUAUGCUGGUAACCCUCAGAAUCUCUACAGCAAUGUUGAUAUUGGUUAUGCAUUUAGACGCAAUGGGCCAGUCCGCAGAACGCCAGUCACGCAAGUGCUUGUUUACAGACCAAAGAGACCCGCACAGUCUUUCACCGAGUUUAUGGAGGCAGAGAAUGAUAUACAGAUCAACAGACAAUUCAUGCAAGGCCAUAACAGGUUAUACUACCACACCUUGACCUCAGAAGUGAUCAGACCACAGGAGAUAGACGUGGAUAGUGAGGAAGAAACAGACCCAUUGUGGCUCAGGCAGAAAACUGUCAAUAUGAUUGAUGAGUUUACCGAUGUUAAUGAGGGAGAGAAAGAGUUGAUGAAACUGUGGAAUCUCCAUGUCAUGAAAUACAAUUUUAUUGCGGAUUGCCAGAUCCCCGAGGCCUGCUACACUUUUGUCAAUGAGCAUGGAGAAGCAAUGGUCAAGAAAAACCUGGCCAAAAACUUCCUGAUCCACAUGGUUAAUUUGUUUGACUUUAGCUUAAUCCGGCCGGAUGUCGUCCACAAGACGAUGCGGAUGUUGGAUGAAGUGGAGGACUGCAUCCAACGGUCUUGAGAUUUUUUUAAAAGGAAUAUUGUCUGCCAGAGAUAUUGACUUGUGUACUUGUAUUUAUUAUUAGCAUGCACCCACAGGUUCUAAGUGGGCUGAGAUGUGCAAGAUUUUUAUUAACAGUCAUGAAUAAGUAUGUGAAUCUGAAAUCCAUCUCACAAAUAGUUGUUUAUUAACAAAUUCCAUUAUAUGUUGAGAUGGUUCUUACUUUUCCGUCCGCUAAAAUUACAUGAAGCAGAACAUCUUUUAAUUAUCAUUUUUACUAAAUGGCCACACAUUUCUGUAUGUACAUAUUAAAACAUAGUUUUCUAGGUUGAUUAUUAUGCCAUAUUGAAUCAAACUACCUAUGGGCAUUUAGAAGAACCAAUGUACGGAUAAUUUUUCUAUUUACAUAUAUUUUGGUUUGAUUUUUAAAAGAAGUUGUGUUAUUUAUUCAUGCAGUUCAGAAAACAUGUACUGGUAAACAUUCCACUCUGUAUGUCAUGUCAAGGACAUGCAUGGUUUCAUUUAUUUUUUAAAAGAAAGUGGAAAUGAUGGUAACAUGCAUGUUCAAUUUUGAAGCAUCUAAGAAUCUAUUACACUGUGAAAAUUCUGUUCCCUAUUCCAAUAUUUGAUAUUCAGAGAUUUAUAUUGAUAAAAGUGACGAGACCCUAGUGUAAAGGCUUAGUUAGGUUUUCUAUGAUGUUCAGUCUUUAAAACUCAAUAUAUUUACCGUUAAUGAUUAUUUUUCAGUGAGUAUCUUGGUAUUUCAAAGAACGUAUCUCGGUUUUUAUUUCAUUUUGCUGCCACACCCCACUUUGUUUUUUUACACGUAAUUAGAAUUAGAUUUGAAUAUACUGGUAUUAACAGUCAAAACUCAAAAGUGGUAUUGUAUACAUUUCUAUUUUCAUACAUUUGAAUCAGUGUACAGUAUAUCAAUAUGUAUUACACUUUAACAAUACAUUUAUUUGAUAUAUUUAGUACUUAUGAAUUUUUUUUACGAUUUAGCUAAGGUUUGCAGAAGUUUACCCUGUUGAAAUUUACUGUAUGAAUCAUUUACUGUAUGAAUCCACAAGCAAUGCAUGUAUAAACCUUAGGUUUUUGACCACAAACAUGUUUUAAAUUGGAAUUAAUAAACAUCAUGUUUGUACAUUUAUAAUAUUAUUAAAUCAUAUUCUUAACUGAACAGAAAAUGUAACUAUCCUUUGAAUUUGUCUCAGUUCAAGUUUUUGAGUGCAAUAAUUAUGUACAUGUACAUGUGAAUACAAUAUAUAUAAAAUAAAAACCUAAUGUUCUUUAAUUCUAAGAUUUUAAAGAUAAUAUCAAAUUGUAAUUUACAAAAUUAGAAUUAUUUCUCCAACUGUAAUGACAGUCUGUUUAAAAAUUGAAAAAGAAGCGGUUGAUGUUAUUAUCAUUUUAUGUUUUAAAUGAAUUCAAAAAUAGCCUGGUCAUGUUUUCAAGAUCUUUCAAGAUCUCUGCCAGGCUUCAAAUCAAUGUAUUUGUGCAGUAAAAAAAAAAGCUUUGUGUGAUGUAUUCAUGUUAAGUGAUGUACAAUGUACAUUUACUGUAAGUCUUUAUAAGGGCAACUCUAUUAAUUUGAUAUUUUCCUAUGACAACUGAAUUUUUUCAACCAUAGUCAAGUUUGGUACCACUGUAUUAUUGCCUUAGGAGUGGUUCUCAACAGAAAGAAAAGUAUUCCAGAACCUGGCACAUGCAUGUUACACAGGCUUAAAAGUGAUGAUCUGUUGUGUGUAUGUUACAGUUGUAUUUUUUGGUAUUUUGAGCACCCAUUCGCUCCAUAACAUCACUCAGGGCUCUCUUCCCUAUGCAGAAAAUCAGGGAAAACCAAUCAGGUAUUGUCAACGUGUCCAUUAAAAGCUCAAUUGUUAAUGAAUGCACCUCCAUUCCUUAUUCAAAAGAUCUUUUCUUAGUGCAUUACGGUACUUAUUGGAACCAAGUGGUGUAUAUUGUGUAUGCAUACAUAAUUGUAUUUAAAAGAGCUGCAAAUCUGAUCAUACAUUAUAUUCAGGUGUGAAAAUUAGUUACCUUACAUGACAUAUUUUUUUUAAAUACAUGUACCGUGUAGUAAAAGUUGAGAAGAAUUUUCAGAUGCAAUAUUUUUUCAGCUGGAUGAAAGUUUUAGAUCAUCUAAAUAAGAAAAUCCAAUCAGUAAAUAUUGUUUUAUUUUUACCAUAGUGUUUAUCAUUCAGAACUACCGUACUUGAUAACUAUACACAUUGCAAUCAGUUUGUAUUUGUGUACUGUGUGAAGCCACUACCAUUGGGUUUGUUUAUGCUUGUUGUUGAAGUGCCUUUUGUUUUAGAAAAAAAAAUGUUUAUACUUGUGUUUUAAGGAAAGCUGUGUUUCUUAAAACUUGACACAGCAACUAUUGUCAGUUCUAUGUGAUGUUAUAAGCUGUUGCUAUUUAUAGAUAUAAAUCAGAUAUACAAUUUUUUCAAAUAUUGAGCAUGUUUAACUUCUGUAAAAGUUGUGCUGUCUUGAGAACUGUUAGAUUUCAUGUAUAGUUUUAUUUAACAUAUGGAAUUCAUUUUUGCAUGAUGUGAAAGAUGUGUGCUGGAAGAAAUCCCACUCCCUUGAGGGAUUUGUUAUUAAUUUGUGCAUUAGUAUGAAUUUUUGUGCAGAUAAAUUUACUGUCAAUAAAAAGUAUAAUUCUC